AAGCUCUAUGGUGGAGUAACUUCGUGGUCAACCCGUUAAGAGUUGCAGAAAUAAAGAUGGCGGCGUCACGGGUGGUUAUCGCCUCGUUGAGGAAGUAUUCCACUGGACAUAAUUUUACGGGGGGCUCUGCCGUGACAGGACACGGACCGGAGACGGUUAAACUCUGGAAGAAUAUUUCAUACUUCGUCGCCUUCCCCUCGAUCAUUGUAUGCAGCAUAUACAACUAUCUCAAGCACCAGGAGGCUCACAACCAGCCACGUCCAGAAUUCGUUCCCUACGAAUACCUCUGUAUCCGGAACAAGCCUUUCCCAUGGGGUGACGGAAAUCAUAGUUUCUUCCACAAUCCACACAAGAACGCCCUUCCCACAGGGUACGAGGAUGAACAUUGAAGCAGAGAAAAUGAAAUUGCUUCAAUGAACAUAGUUCAUAAUGUUUAGCUUGUGAUGUACUGAACGACACACUGUAUAAUUAUCUCUAGGUAUUUUCUGAAGUGAAAUAAAACAAAAAAAACAAGUUCAACUUCGA